AUUUCGUUCGCGUUUCGGUGAAUCAUUUUUGUCGUUCAAUUGUGCCUUUUUGUAAUGAUUAUUUACUGACAAAAACCGGGCUUUCGUUUAAUUUUAAGUGCAAACUAUGUGAAUUUCCACAAAUGUUCGCCGGAUUACCCAGUGCAGAUGGAAUAAAUUCACGACAAAAAUUUUUAUUGCCAAAAAAGGGAAUCGACCCGUAUGCAAGUUGUUAACGCUUUUAAGCAGCACACAUUUUAAUCAUAAUCUUUGUUAUUUAUUGAAUUUUUAAUUUAAUUCUAAGACAAUUUUGUGCCAUAUUUUUAAAAAAAUAUUUUAAAACAAAGAAAAAUCACAAAAAGUGCAAAUAAUAAUUUUAUCGAAAAAAAAAAAAAUAAAAAAUCGAAAUGGAGUCGCCAGUCUACACAGUACAAGCGGAAUUCAAUUUCAAGGGUUCCAACAACGACGAGUUGUGUUUUAAAAAAGGAGAUAUAAUUACCGUAACCCAGAAAGAAGACGGCGGUUGGUGGGAAGGAACUCUUGACGAUAAAACUGGUUGGUUCCCGAGCAACUACGUGAAAGAAAUUAAAUUGGGUGCCGCAUCAACGAAUGUUGUCGAUACAAUCCGUCCGCCCGAGGAAAUUGCACAAUUUCGGUCCGUUGUCUUCAACGAUUUGCUCGAAAGUGAGAAGGCGCAUGUCGCUGAGCUGCGCGGAAUGAUGGAAAAUUUCCUUGAACCGCUGCAAGAGAGUCAAAUCUUAUCAAAAGACGAAUACGCUCAACUAAUGUGCAAUUUCAUCGAAGUAGUUGAAGCUCACGAAGAUUUAUAUCAAUGUUUAGAAGACUGCAACGAUCGCGUAGGAAAAAUUUUCCUAUCAAAAGCGACCUCACUAAAAUCUGUCCAUCAAACGUAUUGCGCUUCGCAUCCGCGUGCCAUUGUCAUCGUCGAUAAACACAAAGAGGCUCUCAACAACUACAUGGAACGCGAAGGAGCAGCAAAGCCGGGAAUUUUAGUCCUAACGACGGGUCUUUCGAAGCCCUUUCGACGUCUCGACAAAUAUUCUGCCAUUUUGCAGGAGCUUGAGCGUCACAUGGAGCUCAGUCAUCCCGAUCGGGGAGACACGCAACGCAGUAUUGCCGUUUAUAAGGAUCUUGCAGCAACUUGUAUCGCAACGAGGCGUCAAAAGGAGCUGGAAUUGCAAAUUUUAACUGGUCCAGUGAGGGGUUGGCAAGGACAGGAGUUGAGUUCGUUGGGCGAAAUAAUUCAUAUGGGAAGCGUCGCGGUUGGCGCUGACUUUAGAGAUCGGUAUUUUGUGCUUUUUCCUCAAACUUUGCUCAUAUUGAGUGUCAGUCAGAGGAUGUCGGCGUUCAAAUAUGAGGGAAAACUUCCAUUAUCGGGCAUAAUAGUAAAUCGCCUACCAGACUCAGAACAAGUCAAAAACGCAUUUGAAAUCAGCGGGCCAUUAAUUGAACGCAUCAGUGUCGUAUGCCAAGGACCUGCCGAAGCCAACAAAUGGGUUGAAUUACUUUCCUCCAACAAUGACGCCGCCAAACGACGCACAGGCAUGGAAUUAAAACGCAACAUUAGUGCAGGAUCUGUCACAGGAGCCACACCGCCCACACCUCCUCCUCACUCAACACUCGCGAGAACAAGCCCACAGUCGAACAACAACCCGUCACAUCACAAGCGCAGCCAUUCGUUCAACCAUCAAACGCCAUUCAGUCAAAGUCAGCAAUCGACCCCUAUAAAGGCGCCGAUAAACGGCACAAAUAUACUGGCACGCGACCUAAACAAAGCAAAAGUUAAUUGGACGAUCACAAACCUCCAUUCGCCGCCUCCCAUAAUGCCAUCUUUUACGCAAACGACAGCACCAUCGGGAGCAUCUGCCACAAUUGCUUCCAUCCUCAAUAAAUCAGGCGGCGGCGGAGCUGCAUUGACUUACGAAGAAGACGCCCUCAUCCUUCGAGUGAUUGAAUCCUAUUCAGCGGCAUAUCAAAGUACCUCACGGAACACGAUGCACGCAGCGCUGCAACCGUUCACGCCAGUUUUGCCGAUUCGCGGCGGCAAAUUGAAAGCAACAAAGUCCUUUUCGUCAUCGAAUCCGCAGCUGCCGUUCAACACGUGUGUGCCGCCGCCGCAAAAUGCGAGCAUCCAUUCGUCGAAAAACAGCAUUUUUGGGUCGUCGGUAAUUUGGCGCGAAGCGUCGCCCAACAACUUUCACAUUUAUUCCGCUUCAAUAUCGUCGCUAAACACGUCGUAUCGCUCCCGGAACUCCAUCAUGGAUUGCUAUAAUCCCACAACGGGCACCAGCAAGUCUUAUUGGCGCAAUCGGGCAGCAAGCGAGGAACGUCCCACAACCAUAAAAGCUUUCGAAACGUCAAAUACUUCGACAUCGGCAGGCACGCCACUCCUCGGCCGGAAAGCGAAACAGGUGAAAAUCAAAAAAUUCGCCACGAAUUUACAGUCGAUGAAUCAAGUGCAAGAUUAUGCGCAAAUUCCGCCCGCCAAUCCCGGCAUGUACGAUCGCAAACUCAAUCGAUCCUUUGAAAAACCCGAAGGAUUUGUGCGAGCAAAUGACGCAUAUGCCGGCGACGAUUAUUACUAUGCACCAGAUGGCGCGCGAAAUCACAACAAUAAUCAUAACUCGCCGCUGCGAAGAUCCACGCCACAUUUAGCUGCUGCUGCAAAUACCUACGUAGACACAGAUUUUCGUAAUUCCAUAGCGCCCGCAUCUUGGUGCUGUGGCGUCAUGAAGCAACUGCGAAAGAUGAACUUGCAGUACUAAAAAAAUAAUUUUUUGAUAUUAUAGGCGAAGAUUUUUUUAGUCAACAGAUUUUUAGUCAUUUACAGCUUUUUACGAAAAUAUUUUAUUUAAAAAAAAAAUAAAUAAAAAAAAUUAGAAAUUUAUACGAAUUAACAAUCAUCAAAAAAAAACGUAGAAUUUAUACACAAAAAAAAAAUUAGAAAUAAAAAUUAGUGAAACAAAAAACGUUCCUUGAACGCGCAUAAAAUCAUCUAA